AUGGCAACAACAAUGGCAACAAUCCCAGAGUUGUCAAUGCUGAUAACCCGACGGGAUCAACUCAUCCAGAAUGCCCUCAUGGCUUCUGUCGAACCCACUAUUGCCUCUACUGUUGUUGUUGCGAACUCGGCUAAAUCAACUUGGGAUGCUUUGCAUACCACUUAUGCAAACAAAUCUCAAACUCGGACUAUUCGAUCAUUUUCUGAUGAGUUAGCCACUGUUGGUGCUUCUAUUUCCAAUCUUGAACUCAUCAUCAAAAUACUCAGUGAUCUAGGUCUUGAAUUUUGUGAGAUCUGUGCUGCCAUUCGUGCACGCAAUACAACUAUCUCCUAUGAGGAACUGUUUGAAAAGCUACUGGACUUUGAACUCUUCCUUCUCCACAAGGAUGCUAAGAAACUACCUAGUACCAUUACUGUUGCAGUUGCUACUCCCCCUAAAUUCAACUUCAAUAAUCACAACAAUCGUAGACAGACCAACAACUCUCAACAAUGGCUCCAGAAUUUGCGUCCAAGCACUCCACCACAAUGA